GUAGACCUCACGCAGGACACCAAACCCGACAGCGACCGGAAAGUGAGCGUGGUGGAGAAGGCAGUGAAGGUCAGCGAGCGUCUCUCACCGUUCCUGGCUGAGCACAUGCCAAAUCGGGGCGUGGGUGGUGGGGAACCUAAGUCCAAGAACCCGCUGCAGAGCUCUUCCCUCAGCAACUGCAACGGCGGCGGGGACCCCAUGCUGAAGGUCCUGGGUGCCGAGCAGGACCGCUGUGCCAAGGAUCCCACUCGGCACGAUGAGAACAUGAGGCCUUCUGCGCACGCCCACUCCGAGCGGCUGGAGCGGGGGGAGCCCCUCCUGCCCUCCAUGGGCGCUUUGCACGUCUCCUGCAGCUGCCCGUCCCCGCACCCCUCGCAGCCAGGGAAGAUGACGCCAGCCACGACAUUCCCUCUGCAGCCCGUCCAUUCCAGCAUGUAUACCAUCUUUCCGCCGGCCAAGGAGCUGGGGAGGGAGCACAAAGUCAUCGCCCCCACCUUCGUGCCUUCGGUCGAAGCCUACGACGAGAGGAGCGGGCCCAUCCAAAUCGCCUCGCAGGCCCGUGACAACAAGGCAAAGGACAAGGACCUCGGUAAGGUGGGGGUGCUGCAGUCGCCCACGGAGCGAUGCCUCGCGGAUGCCUCCCGCACGCUCUUGUCCCAGGACUUUUCUUGCCACAGUGAUGCCAAAAGGAUGGAGGCUCUGAGGGAGAAGGGCUCCGUGAUCAGGGCGAACUCCAUGGCGCUGAAGAGACAGGUCACUUCGGAGCCCUUCCUCAACCGGCCAGGGCUGGGCUCUCCGGAGAGCAGGGAGUUCCUGGCCUCCAAGGACUUGCUGAAGCCGAGUCCAGAGGCAGAGCAUCGCCCCUGUGAGCGGGACCGCUUCCAGCGAUCCAGCUCCAAAGAGGCGGCAAAGGUUUACGGCACUUUGGACUCUUCCCGGCAGCACCUGGACCAUGGUCAGUUGAAACCGCCUGAGCAGAAGUGGAAGCCCUUUGAAAUGGGCAACUUUGCCACCACGCAGAUGGCUGUGCUGGCUGCGCAGCACAACCACGUCACCCGGGCAGAGGAGGAAGCCAAGAAGGUCUACCUUGACCCCAGCGGCUUGCCACGGUCCUCGGUGGUGGGCUCACGGGGCGCUGCAGACGUCCUCCACCCCGCCUCCCACGGCGAAGGGUCAGCCAUGCAGAGCCUCAUCAAGUAUAGCGGCAGCUUUGCCAAGGAGACCGCAUCCCGGCAGAGCUGUGGCAAGAAGAGCCCCUUUGGCGGCUUGGGCAACAUGAAGUUGGACUCUUCGCAGCUGGGUGCCUCCAAAGUGCAGCAGCUGCUGUCGCAGCAGCCAGCGAAGCAGCUGAAGAGGGACCCCGAGAGACCCGAGAGCGCCAAAUCCUUUGGCCGCGAGAGCAUCGGCUCCCAGGGUGAGGUGGAGGUGAGGCACUUGCCUGUCGGCAUUGCCGUGGCCGUGGCCCGGCAGAAGGACAACAGCAGCAGCAGCAGCAGCAAACUGGGGCCCAGUUUGGCGGACCGGGAUCGCUCGCUGUCUCUCAGCAGCAUCAAAGGGCAUGGACGCUCAGAAGAUGAUUGCGGGGAUGAGAGGAGCCGCCACCGGGACAGCCAUCUCCUGGCAGGGCGCUUGGAGCGGGAUCAGGAAAAGCUGCUCAGAGAGAGCAAGGAAUUGGCAGAUUUUGCCCGGAUACACCCCUCUGGCUGCGCCACGAACGGUUUGAACUCCAACCUCAUGGUGACGGGAGGCCCAGCCUUGACGAGCUCCGGGCGCUGGUCUGCAGACCCGGCUUCGCACUUGGCAGCCCACCCCUGGCUCCCCAGGACGGGGAGCCCCUCCAUGUGGCUGGCCAGCCAUCCCUACGGACUUGGUCACCCUUCCCUGCACCAGGGCAUGACUCCAGGCUUCCCCCCUGCCAUGGGGGGAGCUCUCCCUUCCGCCUACCAGUUUGCCAGAGACCCGCAGUCGGGGCAGCUUGUUGUGAUCCCCAGCGAGCACUUGCCACACUUCGCGGAGCUGAUGGACCGGGCACCCCCGCUGUGGCCCGCUAUGUACCCCCCGACCAGGAGCUCCCUCCAGCAUGCUCACCAGCUCCAGCUCCUCUCCCAUCAGCAGCUGCUGCGGCAGCACGAGCUGUACAUUCUGCAGCAGCAAGCAGCCCACGCCAUGGAGCUACAGAGGAGUGCCCAGCUCGUGGAGAGGUUGAAGGCGAACGAGCAGCGUGCAGAUAUGGAAGAGAAGGUGACGAAGCGGAGCCUGGACAGUGCCAAAUCAGGCCUUUCCUCCUCUGCCCCGGGACUGGUGCACCGAAAACCACCUGUGCUGUCUCCCAGCGCCUCCACGUCCUACAGCAAGGCUGUGAGUCCACCUCCCCUCUCUCCCAGGGCCUCACCCGUGUCUGUGCUCAAAGCUGAGGUGAUCCAAAAGAUGGAGGAGCCACCUUCGCAGCCAGCCUACUCCUACCCCGCCACCCCCAGCUCCCAUCCUUCCAGCCCGCCCCCCGCCUCUCCACCCCCUGCCCCUGCCAUCCCUCCAAAGGAAGAGACGCCCGAGACCGUGGAGAAGAAAGACCUGGAGCUGGAAAAAGAGGCUGCUGGUCCAUAUCAGGCCUUAUUCCCAGAGAUCCCCCCAGGAUAUCCAUUCCAGUCCCUGCCUCCCUCCUUUGGAAGACACUAUCCCUACCUCCUCCAGCCCACCGCAGCAUCUGAUGCAGAUGGCCUGGCUCCUGAUGUCCCACUGCCUGCUGAAGGCUCUGAGCACAUGGAACUUUCCCCAGAGGUCAAGCCCAUCCACCUGUCUCCGUCCAAAAUGCUAGAGCCCAUCCAAGCAGCAGCAGAAGAGGAGUCCUUGGAAGAGAGGGUGAAAUCAGAGGUGCAGAUGGAGGAAAGCCAGGAAGGCAUCUGUGAGCAGGACGUGGGGACUCUGAACAUCACCGCCUCUGCAGCCGUCCCAGUGCAGAAUGUGGACAAUUGCAAUCUCCUGUUGCAUCAAGGUGAAGCCCUGGGUGCUAUGGAGCAGGACCAGGAAGACCUCCAGAGCUGCCCACCUCCUUACCAGGUUGUGGCCUGCCCUGCAGAAGCAGAGGCUCAGGCAGAGACUGGGAGUGGAGCAGAGACCUGCUCUGUGCACAUGGACUAUGACGGUUCGCUCGUGCACACAGAGAACGAGCCACCUGAGAUGGACUUGACGCCCCAGCGGGAGGAGGCCUCUGUAGCCAUGGAUCUGCAGAAUGCCGAUGUGCCCCGGGGGCGGGAGUUUCCUAACCUGCCCCCUGAGGAGGGGGAGCAGGAGCCAGAGAUCCCUUCCUACACGGAAGAGGCAAUCUCUUGCCAAAUCCCAGCUCUGGACAUCAAGCCGGGCGACCCACUGGCUGGGAUGAACGCUUUGGUGCCUGCCACAGAAAUGCCUCAGGCUUGUUCCUUGUUGACCACCGCCAGUGUCACUCCAUCCCAGUUGAAGGUGGAGGUGUUACCUGACCAGGCCUUGGAGCAUUCCUUCCUGCAAGGGAUCACUUUGCUGAGUGAAAUUGCAGAGAUGGAGCUGGAGAAAAGGAAGCAAGAAAUACAAACAGGUCCAGAGAGUUUUCCUGUCCGGCCAACACUGGAGAGUUUGCUGGCUGCCAGCACCCACAUGCUCAUGGAAGUACUUUCCACCCCCUUUAUGGAAAGUCUGAAAACCAUCCGUCUGCCUCGAGAGCUGAAUCCCAACAAAAAGUACAGCUGGAUGCAGAAGAAAGAUGAACCUAUGUACUCCAUCAAAUCAGCCAUUGAGAAUAUGGAUGCAAUGGAGCUGGACUACAGGAUGAGGCUGGCGGAGCUGCUGCUCCGGUACAAGGAGAAGCAGCGGGAGCUGGUGAAGCUGCAGCGCCGCAGGGACUCCGAGGAAAAGCAUGACGAGAAAAGUAGAAGCUUGGCGAGAAGAGGCCCUGGAAGGCCCAGGAAGAGGAAACUUGGAUCAAGCGCUCUGUCACCCAUUAAGGAGAGAGGGAAGAGUGACAGCAAGAGUGGAAAACUGAGCAAGUCCUUGUUGCUCUCUGAAGACUCCGAGACUGGCGAGGGCAUGAAGAAGAGGCACAAAGGGGCCCUCCCGGAGGAGGACGAGGAUGUGGAGAGUGGCAGUGGCAAGAUGAAAGGGAGGAACCAGAGCUGGGAAGAGCAUGAUGCGGCUCCCAGCUUCUCAAACGAGUUAAAGCUCAAGAAGAAGAAGGUACCAUCAGAUCAGGAGCAGCUGGCCAGCAAGCUUGACAAGGCCCUGUCGCUCACCAAACAAGACAAGCUCAAAUCCCCUUUUAAGUUUGCCGACAGCUCUGGGGGAAAGCCAAAAACUAGUGGAGGUGGCAGCAGAUACCUCCCACCCCACGAGGCUCUGCCAAGCAAAGAGGAGAAGAAGAGCCUGGCCAAGAACCUGGGCCUGUCACUGAAAACCACCAAGGAAGGUAAAAACAAAGUGGCUGCCAAAAUGAAGAAAAUGGAGGUGGGGUUAAAAGUCAAAAAUCAGCUCAAGGUUUCCCAUUCACCAGCAAUAUCUGAAGUUAGCAGCUACUCCUAUAGUAACGACUCCUCGGAGGACUCGUUCGAUCAAGAUUCUAGCUCAGAGGAAGAAGAAGAGGAGGAUGAAGAGGAAGAGGAGGAAGCAGAGGACUACGGGACAGAUGGCACCGACAGGCUUUCAUCACCUGCCCUUGAUGAGAGCGGCCUGGGCCUUCUAGCAAGGUUUGCCGCCAGUGCGAUGCCCAGCCCCAUUGUUCCCCCUCCACUUUCCAUCAUCCAGUUGGAGGCCAAGCAGAAGGCGAAGAAGAAGGAGGAGCGGCAGAGCCUGAUGGGGACGGAGUUUGAAUACACCGACUCAGAGAGUGAGAUCAAGAUCAGGAAGAAGUCGCCAUCAGGGCUGCUGAGGGGAAAGAAGGGGCCACUGGAGGUGAGCAGCAUCCCACCAAACCAGGCCCCCAGCAGCCUCGACUCCGGAUCUGGCAGUGCUGACAAGGCCAAGCUUGGGUCUGAGAAAGGCCGCAAGCUGAAGAAAUUCAAGUCCCCCAAGGACCUGAGCUUUGAGUUUGGGCUGGAGGCCAGCGAUGAUGACCUGUGGAACCGGCGCCGAAGUGAGCGGAUCUUCCUCCACGACGCCACCAUGUCCUCGACUAUGCUGACCCCCGCGGCGCCUGCCAGCUCCACUCCUGUCUCCAAGCCUGGGCGUUGUGGCAAGGCGGCACCCAUGAGCCCCAAAAAGGAGGGCAGCAAGGGGAAGGAGAGGAAGGAGCUAAGCAAGCAGCGGAAGAAGGGUAAAGAAACACCCUGCUGCUCCUCCUCCUCGUCCAUGUCUCCUCCUGGCAUCCCUAGCUCCCCAUCUGAUGUUCGUGUCAGCCUGGCAAAUGCCUUGGGCUCCACCAAGAAGAGCAAAGCCAAGGUGAAAGCCAAGGAGGUGAAAAAAGAGAACCGAGGGAAAGGAGGAGCUGUCAGCAAGCUCAUGGAGAGCAUGGCAGCAGAGGAGGAUUUUGAACCCAACCAAGACAGCAGCUUCUCAGAGGAUGAGAACAUCCCACUGAGCAUGCUGGUCGAGCGACCGCCCACACCAGCUCCCCGCUCCUGCAUAAUUGACAAGGAUGAGCUGAAAGAUGGUCUGCGUGUCCUCAUCCCCAUGGAUGACAAGCUGCUCUAUGCUGGGCAUGUCAAGACAGUGCAUUCACCAGACAUAUACCGUGUGGUGGUGGAAGGUGAGAGAGGAAACCGUCCUCACAUUUACUGCCUGGAGCAGCUCUUGCAGGAAGCGAUCAUCGAUGUGAAACCACCUUCAGUGCGAUUCCUGCCCGAGGGCACGAGGAUUGCAGCCUACUGGAGCCAGCAGUACCGCUGCCUCUACCCAGGGACAGUUGUCCGAGGAGCCCUGGAUCUGGAAGAAGAUGGUGAUCUCAUCACAGUAGAGUUUGAUGAUGGGGACACGGGACGUAUCCCGCUGUCUCACAUUCGGCUUCUCCCACCUGACUACAAGAUCCAGUGUGCUGAGCCUUCCCCGGCCCUUUUGGUGCCCAGCACCAAGCGCCGUAGCCGUAAAUCCAGCAAAGACACUGGAGAAGGAAAAGAGGGAGCUACACUGGGGUCAGAGGAGCCUGUGUCAAAAGGCAAAGGACGAGGGAGAAAGCCAAGCAUCAAGGCGAAAGCUGAAGAGGCUGCCUUGCCAGAAGAGAAGGAUCAGGUUGAGUCUUCACCUGUUACCUCUUCAGUCCCAGAGAAGCCAGCUUGCUUGGGCAAGCCAAGCAUGAAGGGGUCGCGAAAAUCGCAACCGCUGCCAUCUGGAGGCUCUGGCUCUCCUGCCCCCACAGAGGAAAAGCGGUCAAAAGCCAGCAAAAUGAAGAUCUCCACUAAGCUGCAUAGCCCCCCGCAACCCACUUACCAGCCUGCUGUGUUUGGCAGCAUCCUCGGCACGGAGCCCUACAGUGACCUCCCGGGGACACUGGCGGCCUUUGGCUCCAGCGAUGCUUCAGCGUCAAAAGCCAAGGCCAAGAAAGGGCGGCCCACAGAAGAAACGCAGGAAUUUGGCACCAUGGUCAAGGCUCAGAGGAAGCACGACAACGAAAUCCUGAUCAAGCUGGACCAUGAGGGCGUAAUGUCUCCAAAGACAAAGAAGAUGAAGGAGGCGAUGAGGAUGCUGGAGGACUCAAACCUGGCCAGUCGCAGAGACAGCAAGAGUCUCUUGGGGCUGGGCUAUUCCCCUGCAGUGGGCGCAGAGGGCAAGCAGAAAUCUUCCCGAGCCAAAGCAGCUGAGGGAGAUCCUUCCCCUGCCAGCUUCGGAGGAAAGUUCGAUGGCUCAGCAGAGAGCCUCACUUCUUCGAAGGACCAGGAAGAAAAGGCAGCAGCUCCAGCAGCCGUGGAGGAGUCUGAGAGCAACAGCAGCGACAGCAGCUCAGAGUCAGAGGGGGAAGAGGAGGCUGAGAAGAACAGGGGAGAAGCCCAGGACAGCAGCUCAGCCAGCUCAAGAGCAUCCACUCCUCUCUCUUCCUCUAACUCCUCCUCCUCUUCCUCUUCUAGCAGCAGCUCCUCUUCAUCCUCUUCUUCCUCCUCUUCCUCAACCUCAUCAACCUCUUCUUCAUCGAGCUCCAGCUCUUCUUCUUCCUCCACUACGGAUGAAGACUCCUCCUGUAGCUCUGAUGACGAAGUAGCUGAGGCCCAGCCAAGUUCCUCGGUGCAGCAAACCCUCCCACCCAAGCAAACCAAGCAGGCAGGGAAAUCCCGCGCGUCCUCCCACCCCCAGAGCCAGAAACAGCCGGCGCAGCAGCCGGGGCAGCAGCCGGCACCGCAGCAGAGUGGCAACAAGAGCAGGCCCAAAAAGCGCGAGGGCAUCCACCUGCCCACCACCAAGGAGCUGGCCAAGCGCCAGCGACUGCCAUCAGUGGAGAACAGGCCCAAGAUUGCUGCUUUCCUCCCCGCACGGCAGCUGUGGAAGUGGUUUGGGAAACCCACACAGAGACGAGGAAUGAAAGGGAAGGCCAGGAAGCUCUUCUACAAGGCUAUUGUCCGGGGCAAGGAGAUAAUCCGCAUCGGAGACUGUGCAGUCUUCCUCUCAGCCGGCCGCCCCAACCUGCCCUACAUUGGCCGGAUCCAGAGCAUGUGGGAGUCGUGGGGGAACAACAUGGUGGUCCGAGUCAAGUGGUUUUAUCACCCAGAAGAAACCAACCCUGGGAAGAAACUCAACGAAGGCAAGCGCUGGGAUCAGAAAUCGGGCAGGAGUCUGUCCACAGCUUUGCAAGCAUCCAACCAGAGGAAGGACUUUAUGGAGCGAGCCCUCUACCAGUCCUCUCACGUGGAUGAAAACGAUGUCCAGACCAUCUCACACAAGUGUCUUGUUGUUGGUCUGGAUCAGUAUGAGCAGAUGCUAAAGACAAAGAAAUACCAAGACAGUGAGGACCUCUACUACCUUGCAGGGACCUAUGAGCCCACUACGGGCAUGAUCUUCAACACCGACGGGGUCCCUGUCAUCUGCUGACCGCCCAGGGGACACGUGCCACCCCCUGGGAAGGGACGGGACAAACCUGAGGACGUGCCUGUUCAGACGACAUGAUUGUUUCUUUCAAUGCUCAUGACUUCUGUGUCACACUACAGACAGGAGAGCGCGUGAGACACGAGGAGGAAGGAGAGGGCUGAAGAAAGGGGUUGGGGAAGCAGUUACAGGACUUGAGGAAGAUGCCGUUGGGGGGUGGUUGGGGUGGUGCUUGAACCCCAAGGCUCUUCUGGAAGUGGCUUUAAGUAAGGUGACACUUGACCAACUUCUCCCUUCCUCCUUUUGGUCCAGGAAAGCACAUGGGUCUCGUGAUCAUUUCACCAGCGGGACCCCCCCCGGCAGGAGGGAUCCCUUUUGUGUCAUUUGUCCCCAUCAGUAACUCGGAAGCCGCCUGUAUGUGGAAGGACACCCGCUAGCCUUCUGCGUACGCUCCUCUCCGUCCUUAUAUUCCCUUUCCUGCUUAGUUUCGCAUGACCCUUUAGGAAGGACAGGGUGAAAGAGAAAGGAGAUGAGUCUCUCUCAGCGCCUCGUCUUGAUCCUCUCAGCGCCUUUUUGCGGUUCCCUUCCCCUGGAGGCCCCUGGCCGGCAGUGUGGAGCACGAAGAGGCAGAGCUGGCCGCAGCACAAGAGAUGGCAGAAGAGUUCCUCCGGGCUGGGAGGAGCUGGGUGGAAGACGAACCGACAUCCAGUCUGGGAUGAUGCCUUCCUGCUGCCUCGAACAAACGGCCUGAACCCACCUUCCCCAUCUCUCUGCAUCCCUCCUGCCCUGGGAGGGCGCUGGGGGGAGCAAGCACAGGGCCGGGAGGUGACACUUGAUGAACAAAGAACUCGUCUUGGAGCGUGCAGCGAAGGGGAGCAGGAGAUGACUGGGAAAAGCUGCUGCUCGGUGCUUGCAGCAGAGGAGACCACAGGCCAUUGGAUUUUGGCAUCCCUUGCCCAGCUUUACCCCCCCGCGACUUGCCUGAGCAGAGAUGUGGAGCUGCUGGGGAGCCCUCUUCCCCCAUUUGAAGGGAAGGGAGAUAGAGCGUGAAGCCCAGCCAUGCCUGCCUGCGGCGUUUCACAGCCAGAGCCCCACUGCCACCUGGGGCGCAGGGAAGGGGCCGUGCAGCUCGUUCCGUCCAGCCAGCCAACCUCCCAACAGCUCCCGGAGAGCCACCACCAUCGCCUUCUCCCUCCCUCUGCGGAGCUGACCCACCACCUCGCUCCCGCUGGGCACACGCAGGACCCGUGGCAUCACCACGCACCAGGGUUGCACCCAGACGGGAGGGGACACCAGAGGAGAACCACGCAACGAUACAACAUCCUUGCACUUAAAACAAACAAACAAACAAAAAAA